AUGGCCGCCCCAAUGGACCAGCGCAUAGCGGUGCCCAUCGAUGAUCCCGAUGCCGAUACAGAAUGGAAUGAGAUCCUUAGAAAGCACAAAAUCAUACCAGAGAAGGCCCCCGACCCGACUCCCAUGAUCGAGGAAGCAAUACUGGAGGCCAGGAAAAUUGCACACGACAACCGGUUAGAAGGCAAGGACAUGGACGAGCUCCAGGAGCUGGAGGACGAAGAGGAUGAGGCCUUUAUGGAGCAGUACAUGCAGAAGCGCAUGGCAGAGAUGCGCGAGCUGAGCAAAAAAUCGGUACACGGCAGCGUCUACCCCCUCUCCAAGCCCGAGUACCAGCGCGCCGUGACAGAGGCAUCGAGCAACGGACCCGUCCUCGUCAAUCUGGUGUCGUCGGUCGGCACAAACACCGAGUCGCGCGUGCUCUCGGAGCUCUGGCGGCAGGCGGCCAAGGAGUACGGCGAGGUCAAGUUCUGCGAGAUGCGCGCCGAUCAGGCCAUCGAGGGCUACCCGGACCGCAACUGCCCAACCAUACUCGUGUACCGCAACGGCGACAUCGUCAAGCAAAUAGUGACCCUCAUGACGGUUGGCGGCGUGCGCAUGGGCAUGCUGGACCUGGACAAGAUCCUCGUCGAGGUCGGCGCCGUACCGGACACGGACAUGCGGGUGCUGCAGCGGAGGAGGCGUGCCGAGGACGCCGAGGAGGAGAGGCUGGCCGGCGGCGGCAAGAGUCUAAGGAGCUCCAGGAGGAAGGACGACGAGGACGACGACGAUUGGGACUGA